AUGAAUACAUUACCUUUAGUUGAUAAUACGAUAAAUGAACAAAGACUAGUAACAACUGAAGCAAGUCUUGAUCAUCAUCCUUGGGUAAAUACAUCUGAUAUAGAGCCUUCCUUAAAAGAACCAUCAACAAAGGAACUAUGUCCUGUUAAUUAUGAAAUCCUUGCAAACUAUUUAGAUUAUGAACUCUCUCAGAAACAUGAUUUAUUACAACAACAAAAUCAUUAUUAUCCGCCGCAGCAACAAACAACAUUAAUAAGUAAUAACAAACUGCAUGCACAAAAAAUAUUAUUACCAAAGAUUUUACCUUCUACAACUAUUGAAGAGCUUACACAGGUACUUACACUUCCAGAGUCUUAUGAUACGACUCCAUUAUUCUCAUUUACCUUACCUACGAAAAAUAGUACAGCAUUUAAAGAUGAAUAUUAUGAUAAAGAAAGGAUAAUAGCUGAUGAAGAUAAGAGAAAAAGGAAUACAGCCGCAAGCGCAAGAUUUCGAGUCAAAAAGAAACAAAAAGAACAAAUGCUAAAAGGAUUUAUUCGAGAUAUGACAGAAAAAUCAAGUAAUCUUGAAAGCCACAUUCAUAAACUAGAAUAUGAAAUUAAGUUUUUACGUGAUCGUUUAAUAGAUAAACAUAAUAUUCCAUGUAGUAAAUAA